CACAGGACUGUCACUCAACCUGCAGUGCAACAAGUGACACGAAUUACUUAAAACGCUCGCAAAACCUGGACAGAACUUUAAAAAAAACCAAAACAACCCAAUUCAGCAAUUUACUUUGCAACGAUGUGUGAUUUUGAUCUCUCUCAAGCUCUGGACUGCUCACCUGAAGAAGGAAUUGAAUCUGCUUGCUUUGACAUGAAGGAGGUUGAAAGUGAGAUCUUCAGACUUAAUGAGGGUUUGGAGUUGAUGGUUUCCCACAACAGAAGGACCAUGAAGAGUGUGGCUCUUCUAGUGCUGGGGGUAAACAGGAUGAAAAAGCCACUUACUCAAAGUGACAGGAAGCUCAGUGAUGAUGAUGUCAUGAACAUCAUAGACAGUGUAGUGAAAGAAACUGUUUGGACUCCCAGCCAAGGAACAAAACGAAGGGACUUCCUGCGUGCCAACAGUGAGAAAGCAUUGACACUGUGUGACAACUCUCAGAAAGAUCUUGUCCUGUCAGGAGAGUUACAGCUGCAGGCCAUCACUCUGCAAGGGGGAAAUUGCCACCGCAAAGAUAAUAAAGUUGUGCUGUUUCUGGAGCAAUACCAUGAUGACAUUUUAACCGACAGAGACAUGGACCGAUUUCUCUUCUACAGGAAAACCACUGGAAUUUCUCUAACCACUUUUGAGUCUGUCAAGUUCCGCGGCUGGUACAUCAGCACUUCACAACAGGAAAACCAGCCCGUUGAACUGUGUAAGGUGGAUGCUGCCAGCCGCCUUACAAGCUUCAGAGUAAACUAAAAGAUGUUGUAGGACCCACGCAUCUGCAUGAUUUUUGACAUAAUCACUAGAUGAAGCAAUUUUAUAUAGUAAUGCCUGAGUCUGUAGUGGCAGUGUUCUGUACUUAUUGAAGUAGAAAAGCUUAUGAUCCAGUGUAACCUAUCAAAAGCACUAUUACUUUAUAAUACAUUUACUUACAACAUACAAAACAUAGAAACAAACAAACAAACUGGAAAACACAUGCCUUCUUUGUUGGAGAAAAUUAUAACAGGAUAUUCCUUAAAACUACUGAUAUAUUUUCUUUUUUUCUAAAAAGCUAUUAUCUUUAAGUUUAUGCUAUUGCUGUGGCUUUUUAGUGUGAAUGCUUGAAAAGCAUUCACAGUAUUGUUCUUCUAAUCUUUAUUCUAUUUUAUUAUUAUAGAUUCCGUACUUUUUUUGUACUCUAUCUCCUUCAAAACCAUUAAACUUAGAAAAACCAUUCAAACACCGUUAGAUUCCUCGUCUUUUGGACAUGACUGCUUCUAUUUUUCUCAUUUUUAACAUUUAUAUUUUUAAUUUUAUUCAACUUUUUUCAACAAAAAUUUCCCAUGUAUUUCAAUGGGGAGACCCUUUAAAUCCUCAUUCAACUUACUCAUUUUUAAACUCUUACUACUUCCACAUACGUUGACAUAAGAGCCACCAUUCAAACUUUAAA